CGCCGGGCGCCCGGCUCCUCUUUUGGGGACACUUGCUAAAAAAACUUUUCCUUCCCCCCCUCUCCUCCCUUCUCUUGCCCCUGUUGCCCCUUCCUUCCCCGCUCCCGCUCGUGUCUCCCCGCCAUGUUAGCUGCGAAGAGGCAAGAUGGAGGGUUGUUUAAGGGCCCACCAUACCCGGGUUAUCCCUUUAUAAUGAUCCCCGACCUCAGCAGCCCGUAUCUGCCCAAUGGAUCGCUCUCUCCGACGGCGAGAACGUAUCUGCAGAUGAAAUGGCCACUGCUUGAUGUUCAGGCAGGGAGCCUUCAAAGUAGACAAGCCCUCAAGGAUGCUAGGUCUCCAUCUCCAGCACACAUUGUUUCUAACAAAGUGCCAGUUGUGCAGCACCCACACCAUGUACACCCUCUUACGCCGCUUAUCACAUACAGCAAUGAGCACUUCACACCAGGAAACCCUCCUCCACACUUACCAGCCGACGUAGAUCCCAAAACAGGAAUUCCAAGGCCUCCACAUCCUCCAGAUAUAUCUCCUUAUUAUCCAUUAUCACCAGGCACUGUAGGACAAAUCCCCCAUCCGCUAGGAUGGUUAGUACCACAGCAAGGUCAGCCAGUGUACCCAAUCACGACAGGGGGUUUCCGCCACCCUUACCCAACAGCUCUGACCGUCAAUGCUUCCAUGUCAAGCUUUCUCUCCUCUAGGUUUCCUCCACACAUGGUCCCGCCACACCAUAGUUUACACACAACUGGAAUUCCUCACCCGGCCAUAGUCACACCAACAGUCAAACAGGAAUCUUCCCAGAGCGACGUCGGCUCACUCCACAGCUCAAAACAUCAGGACUCCAAAAAAGAAGAAGAGAAAAAGAAGCCACACAUAAAGAAACCUCUUAAUGCAUUUAUGUUGUAUAUGAAGGAAAUGAGAGCAAAAGUUGUAGCAGAAUGCACAUUGAAAGAGAGCGCAGCCAUCAACCAAAUCCUCGGUCGAAGGUGGCACGCGUUAUCCAGAGAAGAGCAAGCGAAAUACUAUGAACUAGCAAGAAAGGAGCGACAGCUUCACAUGCAGCUGUACCCAGGCUGGUCUGCACGGGAUAACUAUGGAAAGAAGAAGAAGAGGAAAAGGGAUAAGCAGCCAGGAGAGACCAACGACCUGAGCGCUCCUAAGAAAUGCCGAGCGCGCUUUGGCCUUGAUCAACAGAAUAACUGGUGCGGCCCCUGCAGGAGAAAAAAAAAGUGCGUUCGCUACAUACAAGGUGAAGGCAGCUGCGUCAGCCCACCCUCUUCAGAUGGAAGCUUACUAGACUCUCCUCCGUCCUCCCCCGCCAUGCUCGCCUCCCCCUCCAGAGACUCGAAACCACAGACUGAACAAACGCAACCCCUGUCGCUGUCAUUGAAGCCGGACCCGCUGGCGCACCUGGUGCUGAUGCCGCCGCCAUCCUCGCUGGCGCUCGCCGAGAGCGCCGCGGGCAAGCCCGGCGCCCUGCCCGCCGCCAGCUGCCCCAACGGGGCCCUGGAGCACCCGCCGGCCGCCCUCCCGCCGGCCGCCCCCCUCGCACAGCCCUCCACGUCCUCCCUGCAUUCCCACAGCUCGCUGCCGGGGACACAGCCCCAGCCGCUCUCCCUUGUAACCAAGCCCUUAGAAUAGCUUUAGCCUCCUUAGCCCUUUCCGUUUCCUUUCGGGGGGGAUUGAAUUCUGUUGGUAUUUGGGGUUUUUUUUGGUUUUUUUCCUUUUUUUUUUUUUUUUUUUUUGUUUUUCUUCUCGUCGUCGUCCGCUGUUUGUCGUCGUUUCAUUUUUAAUUUGUGCCAUGUGGCUACAUUAGUUGAUGUUUUAUCGAGUUCAUUGGUCAAUAUUUGACCCAUUCUUAUUUCAAUUUCUCCUUUUUAAAUAUGUAGAUGAGAAAAGCCUCAUGAUUCUGCCAAAAUUUUUAUCAACAGCUGUUUAAAGUCUUUGUAGCGUUUAAAAA